AUGGCGACGUUGGAAGAUAUAUCAAACAUUGAAAUUGACAAUAAACCACCAGCACCUGUUCAAAAUAUCAAUAAACCAUCAGUGAAUCGAUGGAAUAUCUCAUGUGAACACUUUCGUUAUAAAAGAUGUAUCUUAGUUUUAAUCUGUAUCAUUUUAAUUACGAUAAUAAUUACUGUUCCAACGGUUCUUGUACACAAGAGGAGAAGAACAACAACCAGUACAACAACCACAACAGCAACAGCAAUAACAGCAACAGCAACAGGAGCAACAAUACGAACAACAACAGAAGUUCCAUUAUAUUUUACUAAUACAACAAAAUGGAAACAAAAUGGAAUAACUAUUUUUUCUCAAGACGAUUAUGAUGAAUUCCGUUUUGAUCUUAAUCCUAUGUAUAUGGACAACAAUGAAGCUAUUUAUCUUGGUGAAAUAAGCAAACAUCGCGUUAUAAAAAUAAAAUUAAAUGCAAUGAAUUUUUCAAUUGUUGCUGAUGCAAAUGACACAGAUCACUUACGAGCUCCAACCGAUAUUAUUGUUGAUAAAAAAACUGAUUCAAUUAUUAUUUGCGACCAAGGACUCAGACAAAUAAUUCGAUGGUCUCGUAAAAAUGUAACACAUAGGGACAUAAUGAUCUCGGAAAUUAAUUGUAAUGGUCUAGCAAUGGAUGACAAAGGCUCUCUGUAUGUUAGUGAUUGGCUCAAGGUUAACGUCAGCCACUGGGAACUUGGAGUUAAUAAUAAAAGCUUUGUCGUUGCAGGUGGGAAUGGAAAUGGAAAUAAUUUCGAACAACUCAAUCAGCCACAUUUCCUCUUUGUCGAUAAAGAUUAUUCAUUAUAUGUGGUGGAUAAAAGUAAUCAUCGUGUGAUGAAAUGGGAGAAAAAUGCAACAAAGGGAAUUGUUGUCGCUGGUGGAAAUCGUGCUGGAACUAAUCUAACACAAUUGUCUAGUCCUUCAGGUAUAGUUGUCGAUCAUUUAGGUAAUAUCUAUGUAACCGAUACAAACAAUCAUCGAGUUAUGCGAUGGAUCCAUGGAGCUAGAGAAGGUAGCAUUGUUGUUGGUGGAAAUGGAACAGGAAAUGAAACAAACCAAUUAGAUUCACCAAGUGAUUUAGUAUUCGAUAAACACGGUAAUCUUUAUGUCUUUGAUACAGUCAAUCAGCGAAUACAAAAAUUUUGCAUUGAAUCAAAUUGA